CACCAGCAGCAGAAACAGUAGUGCGUCGGUUCUCCGGUGUCACGUGACAGAGGUGACGGUUACUUUGCGGCUGGUGAUGUGACAAGAAACAGACCGAUUGCCUGAAAAUGGAUAACAGCGGAAAAGAAAAGGAAGCAAAUGCUUUGAUGGCCGAGGCUGAAAAGAAAAUGAAAUCGUCUCAGUCAUUUUUUGGAGCGUUGUUUGGUGGCUCCUCAAAGCUGGAAGAAGCCUGUGACAUGUUGGUGAGGGCAGCUAACAUGUACAAAAUGGCCAAGAAUUGGUGUGCUGCAGGAAAUGCAUUCUCCCAAGCUGCUCACCUUCACCUGCAGAUGCAGAGCAAACAUGAUGCAGCAACCAACUUCAUAGAUGCUGGAAAUGCCUUCAAAAAAGCAGAUCCACAAGAGGCAAUUAACUGCCUAAACCGAGCUAUUGAGAUUUACACGGAUAUGGGGCGUUUCACCAUUGCAGCCAAACACCAUAUCAGCAUUGCUGAAAUAUAUGAAACGGAGCUUGUGGACGUUGACAAGGCCAUUGCUCAUUAUGAACAGGCAGCAGAUUACUACAGAGGUGAAGAAUCCACCAGUUCAGCAAACAAGUGCCUUCUGAAAGUAGCAACCUAUGCAGCUCAGCUGGAGCAGUACCAAAAAGCUAUUGAGAUCUACGAACAGGUUGGAACCCAUGCAAUGGACAGUACGCUCCUGAAAUACAGUGCCAAGGAUCACUUUUUCAAAGCUGCGCUUUGUCACUUUUGCGUAGACCAUCUUAAUGCGAAACUUGCUGUGCAGAAGUAUGAAGAAAUGUUUCCCGCCUUUUCAGACUCGAGAGAGUGCAAGCUGUUGAAGAAACUUCUAGAUGCCUGGGAAGAGCAGAAUGUGGAUGCCUAUACUGAUGCAGUGAAGGAAUUUGACACCAUUUCUCGGUUGGACCAGUGGCUCACCACCAUGCUUCUCCGUAUCAAGAAAACCAUACAGGAUGAGGAGAGUGACCUUCGCUGACUUGCCUCUCCUGUUAUUCUUUAAGUCCUAAAAAAAUGACUUGCAUCCUUG